AUGCAAUUCGACUCAUGGAUCUUCAUUGUCUUCUAUAUUUUUGCUUACACCGCAGUGAUAUUCGCUUUGCUGGCAGGUGGAUUAGCUGCUUAUGUCACAAUUCGUUCGUUGAGCUCAAUCAAUCUUCAAUUGUCUGCAAGAACUGUGUCAAUACAUAAGAACUUCCUGUUUAGUCUUGCCGUUGCGGCAUUUAUCCAUAUCUCAUUCAUUUUCAUCCCUCUGUCCAUUUUCUUCGCUGCAAACUUUUUUGUUCUUCAGUUGUCGUCCAUCUCUCACUACCUGACUCUGGUAGUCCAGGAGCACGGAACGGCCUCAACACUCACUAUGCUUGUCACUAAUACAUUACUGCGGAAGGAAGUCCUGAACACAUUCAGCCAUCCAUUUUCUGGAUUGAAACCCCGAAAUGAUAUCCCAUCAAUAUUAAUUUCUUAUGCACCAUGA